GCCCCGCACUCCCCUUCCCCCUCCAGCUGCCCCCCGGCCCCCUGGCGGUGCUGCUGGGGGGGAACCUCUCAAUCCCCCUCUCCUACCCCCCGGCCCAGCCGCCCCCCAGAAUCGUCUGGCAGAGGAACCUGACGGCGCUGGCAGACGGACGCCUGGGUCCCAACGGCUCGGUGGCCGUGGCCCCGGCCUACCAGGACCGGCUCAGCGUGGACCCCCAAGGGGGGGCGCUCACCAUCGCCCCCGUGGCCCUGCAGGAUGCCGGCCCCUACACGGUCGAGGUCUUCCCGCUGGGGGGCCAGGUGUGGAGGGGGGACAUCCAGGUGGAGGUGUAUGAGCUGGUAGGGAACAUCUCUGUGACGCCCCCGUCCCUGGCAGUGAGCGAAGGCGCCGGGUCGGCGGCUCUCACCUGCGCCUCCGUGCGGGGCACCGUCACCUGGACCAAGGAAGGGCAAAGCCUGGACCAGAACCCCCGGUACCGGCUCUCGGCUGGGACCCUCCAGAUCAGCCGGCCCGACCGGAACGACAGCGGCACCUACAACUGCACCGUGUCCAACCCGUUCAGCACCGGCACCGGCACCGCCCAGAUCCGGGUCUAUUGUGAGUGCAGGCCGGACGCCGGGGCAGAUGGGCCUGAGCCGGGCCAGAAAGACGGGCCGGAGCCCCCCACGAUCAGCCUCUCGUCGGACCGUGACCCGGAGCCCCGGCGCUACGUCCGGGUGAACAGCACGGUGGGGCUGGGCUGCCGGGCCCCGUCGGACCCCCCCGCCCAGAUCUACUGGAGCCUGGCCGACGCCAGCGACCCCCUGGUCCCAGCCCAGCCGGACCUGACGCUGCCCCGGGUGCAGCUCAGCCAGGCCGGGCUCUACUCCUGCCUCGCCAGCAACCCGCAAACCCAGCGCCAGCUCCGCGCCACCCUGAUCCUCACCGUCACCCAGAUCCCCCCCGGAUCCCCCUUCUGCUCCCUGGACUCAGUGGCCAAUGGCACAGCCCUUCGCUUCCUCUGCUCGUGGCCGGGGGGCUCCCCGGCUCCCAGCCUGAGUCUGCAGGGACUGCCGGGGGGUGGGGAGCAAGGGGUCGGCCCCACCCUCGAGCGGACCCUGAGCUCCCCCCUGCCCGCCCUCAAUGGUACCCGGGUCACCUGCCUGGGGAGACACCUCGCCGCAGAGGGGAACUGCAGCAUGACACCCGAAGCCCCCUCGGGGGUCUCUCUCUCAUUCCAGGCCUCCCUGGACCCCGGGGGCACAGUCCUGCUGGAUCUGCAGUGCCAGGGCACCUACCGGCCCAUGGAAAUCGCCUGGGCCCGGGACGGGGCACCGCUGGGUCCAGGCGGGCGGUACCGGGUCAGCGCCGACGGGGCCCGACUCACCAUCAGCAACUUCACGGCCCCGCAGGACCUGGGGGGCUACUCGGUGCGGUGCCAAAACCCGCUGGGCUCGCAGGAGAGUAACCUCACGCUGACGGGUCCGUCCGUCUCCGGCUGGAGCCUGGUGCGUGGGUCGGAGCCCGGCUCGGCCCAGCUGAGCUGGGCGGUGCCGGAGGGCUCCGUGGUCACUGGGUUCUUGGUCCAGGUCCCGGGGCCCCCCGGGGGCCGGGCAGCUGGGGAGUGGCAGACGCUGCAGACGCUAGGGGGCGCCACUCGCUCCAGCACCGUGGGCGGGCUCCAGCCCAACACCCCCUAUUCCUUCCGGCUGCUGCCCCUGCUGGGUGCCCAGGUUGGGGAGCCCAGCCACACACAGACGCUCCUGCCAGUUCCCGAACGGGAGAGAAUCUGA